CACAAGCCAAGCCGCGUCUCGGGCCGCUGCGUAAGCGAUCGCGUCCAACACCUCUGAUUCAACCGUCGCAUUAUCUGUUUCGGUCCGCCGCGUGCCUGACAGUUGCGUGGCUGGACAGCGAGCUACGAGCCAGCCUCGUAGCGCCGGCGCUGCGCUGUGUACGCCUCUGGUCGCGCGAGAGCCUGCAGCCGACAGGAAGCGGUACAUAGAGCGCUGCAUACGCCUACCGACGCGCGAGAGCCGACAGGAAGCGGUCACGUAGAACAAAAAUGAGCCGCCUCUUCGGUAGUAGCGAGCCGAAGCCGCGCUCCUACGCCGACCGGGCGCGCGACGGCCUCGCGUCUCUGGGCCAGAAGGCGUCCGACGCGCAGUUCGAGGCGGAAGGCCUCCUCGGCCUGCGGCCGAAGACGGCGGAGGAGCAGCUCUACGAGGCCUGCUGCCCCUCGCUCAGUUACCAGACGCGGUUGAUCGGGUUUUGUCUGUGCAUGGUGGCGUCCUUUGUCUUGGCGCUUUUUGCGUCCUUCAUGAUGCGCCGGCUAAUUUGGAGGGGCGACGCGGCGCCCUUCGCCAUCGCGUACACGCUGGAUAACGUCGUGGCCAUUUUGGGCUCCAUGUUCAUGGCCGGGCCGACGGCGCAGCUGAAGACGAUGUGCGCGCCGAAGCGACGGGUCUCGACGACUAUUUAUGUCCUCGCGUUGGCGCUGACGCUCUUCUUCGCGUUCGCGACGCAAGUGCCGGACGGCGCGCGCUUCGGCUGCAUCCUCGCGUCGCUGUUUAUCCAGUGGCUCGCGUUGAUGUGGUAUACGCUGUCCUACGUGCCGUUCGCGCACGACUACAUCUGCUCGUGCCUGCCGCUGUGCUGCGCGGACUGCUGCGGCGUAUCGUCGUCGGCGUCGAAGGGGGGCUACGAGGGCAUUGUGUGACGUAAUGUGAAAUUGUG